AUGUCUACCUCACCCCCACAACCGACUCAAUCGGCCAAGCGCCCUCUCGAAGAGCCAUCCUCGCCCUCCCGAGCGACGGACCAGCCCGAGGCCAAGCGACCAGCCCUGGACAAGACGUCAAAGAGCGAUGAAGAGACGGAAAAGCUCGAGAUCCCGCCUGAGCUGCCCGUCGAAUCAGAGGAGGAACAAAACGGCGAGGACAACACCAAUGGCGUCGCCGGAACGGAGUCGUCCGUCACCGCAACCGACGCGGGCACCGACGUCAAGGCCACUCCCACUGUAGCAAUCUCGACGGCGUCGUCCUCUGCCGUGGCCGCCUCGGCUGCCGCCCACGACGAGAGCUCAUGGAUCCAUAUUCGAGCAGUCAUCUCUAGUCCGGAGGCUGCCACCAUCAUCGGCAAGGGCGGCGAGAACGUGUCCAACAUUCGAAAAAUGUCCAAUGCCAAGUGCACCGUCAGCGACUAUCAAAAGGGAGCCGUCGAGCGUAUUUUGACUGUUAGUGGCAUCGUUGAUGCAGUUGCCAAGGCCUUUGGUUUGAUUAUCCGAACACUGAACAACGAGCCCCUCACCGAGGCGUCCACUGCCUCUUCCAAGACCUACCCCCUCCGCCUUCUGAUCCCCCACAUCCUGAUCGGCUCCAUCAUUGGCAAAGGCGGUUCUCGCAUCCGCGAGAUCCAGGAGGCCUCUGGCGCGCGACUCAACGCCUCGGACUCUUGCCUUCCCAUGUCGAGCGAGCGCUCCCUUGUGGUGAUGGGCGUUGCCGACGCGGUGCACAUUGCGACGUAUUAUGUCGGCAGCACUCUGCUUGAGCAGCUCAACGAACGGUUCGGCGGCCCGGCCGCGUCCGCUUAUGCGACCAGGAGCGGCGCCCCCGUGGGAUCCAUUCCCGGCGGGAUGCAGGUGGAGCGCCGACCUCACCACAUGCCUCCGGCGCCGUACCCUCAGCCCUACGCACACGGCGCCCCCCACGGCACUCCGGCGAUGCCCAUGCAGUACGGAGCGGGCCAGCCUGCCGCCUAUGGAGCGGCCGCGCCCCACGUGCAGCCUCACAUGGCACCUCAUACCGGCCCUCAGGCGCACGGUGCCCCCCAGGGCCAGCCCAUGCAUGCCGGCAUGCCCGGCGGCCCCAUCACGCAGCAAAUCUACAUCCCUAACGACAUGGUCGGCGCCAUCAUCGGCAAGGGCGGACAAAAGAUCAACGAGAUACGGCAGAUGAGCGGCAGCGUGAUUAAGAUUAACGAGCCUCAGGACAACAGCAACGAACGGCUAGUGACGAUUACGGGAACGGAGGAGUGCAACCGCAUGGCGCUCUACAUGCUGUACUCUCGACUUGGUGAGACGCAAAACCGAUCCACGGGAGCCUAA